UCUCGGACCAUUUGAUAGCUGCAAAGAAAUACCUACAAUCCAAAAAGGCAUCGCUGCAGAUUAAGUUUAACAGACAAGAUUUGCCAAGAAUACAAUCAAUAUAUAACAAGCAUGGUCGGAUGCCUGUGGACCUCAAACGUCCUUCCAGAUGGACUCCCCACCCUCAGGUGAUUUACAUGGAGCCUGGAGUGCUGGAGAAGACCUCAGUGCAGGAAUACAGAAAGGCCUUGAACAUAGUGUACCAUCCGGCCUUUACAGGUUAUGGCUAUCUCUUUAUGCAGCAGAUACAAUCAGAACACAAAAUCCCAGAUAUCAAGCUAAUUCAGGGGAAGAGAUGGGAUUGGUACUUGGAAUAUUUGUACUCCCAAGAAUUACAAGGGUUGAAAGUCUUCAUUGAAAGUAGCAUCAGUCGUGUAUUUCGACCGUCUCAAACAAAACCAGGCAACUACCAGUAAAUGGGUAUUGAAGAUUGACUCUUGUGAAUGGAUUUCUUCCUGCCUUCUCCUGUCGAAGGUAAUCUUGGAUUCUAAUGGACUCCUGUUUCUGGAGAGAGGGAUCCUUUCAGUGCAUCAGUACUGAUAUCCGUACAGAUUCUUCUUGGUAACAAUAAUGGCACACCUUCAGAUUUUUGCCCAGCUGGUCUUUGGGACAUUAAACCUUUCCUCUUUGGGUAAACGGCUCUUUGGCCUUGAGAGUACAAGCUUACUCUCACGAAAGAAAUAGAGCAUGCCUAAUUCCUGUUGCUAACUUUUUGCUUUGUUUUGGAAUUAAGCAACCCGAUUCAGUUCAUUAUUGGAAACAUUCAAGCAAAUUACAGCAGAAUUUUCCAGCCUUUGACCUUUUUUGGGCAGCUAAAUUAUCAUCUUUCACUGAUAAACCACACAGCCCUCCCAAUGGAUUGAACAUAGGCUAAUGCAGGUUUUUCUUCUGACUUGUAGAUAAAUUGUAAAUAAUUGUAUAGAAUGUAUUUAUGCAUAAAAUGCUCUGUAAUAUAAAUUAAACAGUGUUUUGGCUUUGGUUUGUUACAGUGAAACCUCAAUUGUAUAGAUUUUGGUUUUCUGAAUGUGGUUGGUGAAAUUCUGUUGCAGUUUGUGCAUAUGACAUCAUUUGUAUGAAGACUUUCUGAAAAAGAUACAAAUCCAAGUUUCUCAGUCUGAUGUACUCCUAUUCUUAACCAAGGUCUUUGUUUUCAGUUUAUUUACAUUUAAACCAGCUAAUGCAGCAAAGUCUUCAAUUUCUUCAUUAAGUGUUCAAUACUAUUCUGAGGCUGUGUAAAAUCAAAUUAUAUCAUCAGCAAAAGUCCUUGAAUUAUAAGCCUCUUUAACUUUUCAAACCAAUUAUUUUCUCAUCCUGUCUACUGUCUGGAACUAACAUAGAAAGCAAAGGGACAUCCUUGCUUUGAUUUCUUCUGUAUUUCACAUGGUUUCAUUAAAUCACUAUUAAUAAUAUGCACCUUCUAAAGUAUGUAUAUUGAUUUAAUCCUUUGAAUAAAAUUCUCCCAAAAGUCCAUGUCCUUCCAAAACUAUAAACAUAAAAGACCAAUUCAAAUUGUUAAAAAGUUUUUUCUGCAUCCAGAAAAAUCAGUGCCACUUGCGUCUCAUUAUGUUGUUCCAGAUGCUCUAUUACUAUGAUGGUGAAAGGUGGCACAGAGAACCUUCUCUGCAGGCACGUCAGCAGUUGCCCCAGCCCAGCUCCACCACGCAGGCAGGCGUGCCUCCCACCGGCCAGCUAG